AUGGCUGAGGUGGGUCGCCCAGACCACAACCCAAGCCAAAGCCCAGUGCGGCCGAGCCAGUGCCUUCUCCAGAUCGUCCGAGUGGUACAAGCACCGGGGACACAAUGUGGAGUCAGAAGGGCUGAGCAAGCAAGUGGAGGAACUGCGAAAGCAGGUUCAAGAUUUGACCACAGAGAAGACAGGGAGAAGAGGGAAAUGCUCAGAAGGAAGUAUGAGGAAUGGCACCACAAGGAAGAGGAAUUGAGGGACCAGAAUAGGCAGCAACGGCAGAGAAACAAAGAGUUCACAACUGAGGUCCACCGAUUGCAGCAAGAAAUGAGGGACAAGGACCCCCUGCUUGCUCCCAGGGAGGGGGACACCUCUGAGAGGGGUGAGGUUGUGCAACUCAGUUGGGAAGCGAAUGAGUUGAGAGACCAAAUAAGUCGACUGGAGCUCAGCCUUCGGCAGAAGGACAAGCAACUCACAGAAGAGGUCAGCCGUAUGCAGCAAGAGCUCAGGCAGAAGGAAGCAGAUCUUACUGGGCGACGUGCUUAA